GUUGCAUGUGUUUGUUUACUUUACUUCCUUCAUAUAUUCUUGCUUCUACUUUUAUUUUUUACCAUACAUUCCUUCAUCAGAGGUAAACAAUAUAACGAAUAAAAUUCAUCGACUUCGACUAAUUAUUUUGUACAUUGCACACACAUAAUUCGCUUUCGCCAGAUAUCUACUGAGAUUCCCAGAAAUUGAGACAAAACUAGCGAAGACUGAACUGACACAUCACGAGAUGGAGAUGAUGAAGAUGGAAGACUCGGCUGGUGAUGAGAAAGUGGAGCCAGCCGAGGAGAAGCAGUCGAUUCCAUUCACAUGUGGACAGAUUGUUUUUGCCAGGCUGAAGGGAUUCCCUCCGUGGCCCUCGAGAGUGGAGGAAAUAAUUGAAGGCAAGGAUGGACAAUCUUCCAGCAGGCAGUACUCGGUGCUCUUCUUCAAAACACAUAAUACGGCCAAACUAAAAGAAAGCGACUUGAAAGAUUAUGCAUCUGAAAGAGAAACCAUUAUUUGCAAAGACUACAAAUCCAAGAAACUGAUGUCUGCGAUUGAAGAGGCUGAUAAGAAUAUGAAUAUUCCUUUCGUGAAGACGGAGGUUGCUAAAAGUGAGGAUGAACAAAGUGAGGAUGAACAAAGUGAAGAUGAAAAAAGCGACGGUGAAAAAAGUGAAGAUGAACAAAAUGAAGAUGAACAAAGUGAAGAUGAACAAAAUGAAGAUGAAGAAAGUGAGGAAGAAGAGGAAGUACAUGAAAACACAGCGGGUGAGCUGUGGGUUCCUUUUGGUUCCCUUUUUGGAGAUAACCUUGAAAGCUACAAAGAUUUAGCAAAGACAGUUUUGACGUCUGAAGGGCACCGCCAUCUGCAGCAUAUGAAGAAGAAGCAUGAACAACCAGUAUUCCAUUCUGAGUACAAUCCUUAUCCACAGAGAAGAGAGAAAUGCCGGCUCGAUUUGUUCCAAGGAGUCCGUCCCGAGGUCUCAAAAUUACUCGAAAACGUCAUGUUUUACGUUGACCUUGUGCGCAACUCGUGCGUCAAAGAAGAACUCCAGCAAGAGCUUCGUAAAAUCUGUUCUACCAUUUCUGAGACUGUCAUCGAAGCUGAUAUCAAGGACUGGACUGACAAAGACACUAUGCAAUUGCUGGAGAUGACUGUGAAGUGCGAAAGGAAAAAGAGAUAUGAUUUUCUUGAAAGUGUUGGAAAAGACCUUGAAGGGGGGUUAGGGGAAGAAUUUGACCUUUCCAACUACGAGUAAAAUUUUUCAAAAAUGAUUUGCUAUGAGAAAUAUUUCCUAAAAUGCUUAUUUUUGUUGAAUAAGCAAAUGUGAAAAUUAAGAUAAUUCAUUUAUUUGGAUGAGUUUAUGUAUGGGGCAUAGUUGCCCUAAAUUCGAAACCAAUAAAAAUUUUCUUGAACCUAA